AUGGCGUUCAGUAGUUGGCUUGAAAAACAGUUCAUGAAUAUUCAUUAUCUUGAAUUUGACAAAACUUGUUGGUUGACAAAUUUGAAACCUUCAGAGGUGUUGGAAAGUUUCUUGAAAUCAAUAUGGAAAAGAUUACAUCCCAAUACAUUUGAUUAUUCAUCAAUAAUUAUUUAUUAUUUGGCUUGGAGCACCAAUAUUAUUGAGCAUAAUGCAAACACAGAUGAAAUUGACGGUUCACUUCCGAAUAUUGAACUUUUAAUUGCACAGUUUUUUAUCUUUAGACUUCAAGCUUGUCGAGAGGAUCAGCUUACAUGUAAUUUAUUACAAGAGGUAAGCUGUGGUUUAAGUUUAGUAUUAGGGUGA